AUGGACGACGCCGUAAACACCACCAUCAGCGAGCCUCUCGACGUGGUCAAGCUUUCGCUUGGCGAACGCGUGUUCAUCAAGUUGCGCGGCGACCGGACGUUGACGGGGACGCUGCAUGCGUACGAUGCGCACAUGAACCUCGUGCUCUCAGGCGUCGAGGAGAGCAUACAUACCGUCGACGUGUCUGAGGACGGCGUGCCGGGGCAGCCUAGAGUUGAGCGCCGCACGUCUGACAUGCUCUUCGUCCGUGGCGACGGCGUCAUCCUUCUCUCGCCCAUCCACCAGUAG